AUGAAGAGGCAGAACGUGCGGACCCUGUCCCUCAUCGUCUGCACCUUCACCUACCUGCUGGUGGGCGCCGCCGUGUUCGACGCGCUCGAGUCGGACCACGAGAUGCGCGAGGAGGAGAAGCUGCGGGCCGAGGAGCGGAGGCUGCGGGGCAAGUACAACAUCAGCCGCCAGGACUACCGGCAGCUGGAGCUCGUCAUCCUGCAGUCCGAGCCGCACCGCGCCGGCGUGCAGUGGAGGUUCGCCGGCUCCUUCUACUUCGCCAUCACCGUCAUCACCACCAUCGGCUACGGGCACGCAGCUCCGGGCACGGACGCGGGCAAGGCCUUCUGCAUGUUCUACGCGGUGCUGGGCAUCCCGCUGACGCUGGUGAUGUUCCAGAGCCUGGGCGAACGCAUGAACACCUUCGUGCGCUACCUGCUGAAGCGCAUCAAGAAGUGCUGCGGCCUGCGCGACACGGACGUGUCCAUGGAGAACAUGGUGACCGUGGGCUUCUUCUCCUGCAUGGGCACGCUGUGCCUGGGCGCUGCCGCCUUCUCACAGUGCGAGGAGUGGAGCUUCUUCCACGCCUACUACUACUGCUUCAUCACGCUGACCACCAUCGGCUUCGGGGACUACGUGGCCCUGCAGACCAAGGGCGCACUGCAGAAGAAGCCGCUCUACGUGGCCUUCAGCUUCAUGUACAUCCUGGUGGGCCUCACGGUCAUCGGCGCCUUCCUCAACCUGGUGGUCCUGCGCUUCCUGACCAUGAACAGCGAGGACGAGCGGCGGGACGCCGAGGAGCGGGCGUCGCUGGCCGGCAACCGGGCCAGCGUGGUCCUGCACCUGGCCGACGAGGCGCGGCGGGGCCGGGCCCGGUACCGGGCCGAUGCCAGUGACUUGCAGUCGGUGUGCUCCUGCAUGAGCUACCGGCCGGCCGAGCUGGGGGGCCGCCCGGCCCUGCACCCCAACUCCUUCGGCGCCAAGCUGGCCCCCCACUACUUCCACUCCGUCUCCUACAAGAUCGAGGAGAUCUCGCCCAGCACACUGAAGAACAGCCUGUUCCCGUCCCCUCUCAGCUCCAUCUCCCCGGGGUUACAUAGCUUUACUGACAGCCACAGGCUCAUGCGGAGACGCAAGUCGGUCUAGGCCGGGGGGUGGGGGGUGGGAGGAAGGGGACGUGGCGGUGGACACUCGGUGGGGGCUCCAGAACCUUCUACAGCUGCGGCAUCCCCCUCCCCCUGCCCCUCGCCCAGCACCUUGGCCUCGAGGUGGAGGAGGGUUCCGGGCCUUUAUGGCGGGACCGUGUCCUCCUGAUCAGCCUCCUCCUGCUCUCGGUCUUGGUUCUGUUUCUUUCCAACUUUCCCCCGAUCUGCCCAGACUCAUCCUGUCCCAUCCAAACUGGUCUCUGAGCAUGAAGCAUGGAUC